CCAACCGCGGGGCUACCGCGCUCCUUCCCUCGGCGAGCGGGGGCCGUCGUGUCGCCCGUCGCCCCCCCGGGGCAGGGAGGGCCGCGGAGGGGGGUCCCGGCCGCGGGCAGGGCAGCGGCUGCAGUCACGCCGCGGAGUUUCGGCGACUCCAGCCCAGUGCAAUGCUAGACCGGGCUGGCGAGAGUCACCGAAAUAACGUAUCCCGCUGCCUGCCCGGGUGGCACCGGGCACCCGCUAACCUUGCCUUGGACGCGACCAAUGGUUUGUACCGUAUUCUCCUCUGACACUGUGAUGGACCCUUCCCAGCUCAGCCUCAAGAUGCUGGUAUAGCAGCAGGUGGCUGCGAUCCAGAGGACUUGUGGUGGGACAUAAUUUCCCGCUGGGACAUCCUUCACCCCCCUCUCUCUCGGCAGAAGUGAUGGAUGCCCACGUGGACCUCCUGACGGAGCUGCAGCUGCUGGAUAAGGUGCCCACGCUGGAGAGGCUGCGGGCAGCCCAGAAGCGGAGGGCUCAGCAGCUGAAGAAAUGGGCACAGUACGAGAAGGAGAUGCAGCACAAGAAGCGGAAGCAUGAAAAGAAGAGAAAUGCUGUUAGCAGAAAGAAGGUGUCGUUUGAAGCCAGCGUUGCCCUGCUGGAGGCUUCUCUGAGGAAUGACUUGGAGGAAGUGUGUUACUUGCUGAAGAGCAACAUCAGCCCAGACCUGUGCAAUGAAGAUGGAUUAACUGCACUGCAUCAGUGCUGCAUAGACAACUAUGAAGAGAUAGUCAAGCUUCUCCUCAACCACGGGGCCAACGUCAACGCGAAGGACAACGAGCUGUGGACUCCAUUGCAUGCAGCAGCUACAUGUGGUCAUAUCAACCUGGUGAAGAUCCUCAUCCAGCAUGGAGCAGACUUGUUGGCAGUGAAUGCAGAUGGCAACAUGCCAUAUGACCUCUGUGAAGAUGAGCCAACUCUGGAUGUCAUUGAGACUUGCAUGGCCUAUCAAGGAAUUACACAGGAAAGGAUCAAUGAGAUGAGGGCUGCUCCAGAGCAGGUCAUGAUCUGUGACAUUCAUGACAUACUUGCGACUGGACAAGACCUGAACAGGACCGAUGCCCAAGGCGCUACACUGCUGCAUAUAGCUGCAGCCAAUGGCUAUCUGCAUGCUGCUGAGGUCCUUCUUGACCAAGGGGCAAGCCUGGAUGUUAAGGACUGGGAUGGCUGGGAACCUCUGCAUGCUGCUGCUUUUUGGGGACAGAUGCAGAUGGCUGAGUUGCUUGUGUCCCAUGGGGCUAGUUUGAGUGCCAGGACAUCUUUGGAUGAGAUGCCAAUAGAUCUGUGUGAAGAGGAGGAAUUCAAAGUAUUACUUCUGGAGUUGAAACACAAACAUGAUGUGAUCAUGAAGUCUCAGAUGAGACAUAAAUCCUCCCUGAGCCGAAGGACGUCCAGCACUGGCAGCCGGGGGAAGGUGGUGAGGAGGGCCAGCCUUUCGGACCGAACCAACCUUUACAGGAAGGAGUGUGAGAAGGAGGCCAUUGUCUGGCAGCAACUGGGAGCAGCAGAAGAAGGAAGAAACUCGGGUCUUAUUGGAGAAAUUGGGGAGACCAGGUCUGACCAGGAGAAUACAGACCCUAAUUCAGUGCUGGAGAACUCUUCCCUUCUUCCAGAGUUAGCAAACAAAAGCACCCAGUGUGACUCUGAAAUCCCCCUCCAGAAUGGACUCAUGGCAUCUGCCAGCACUUACCAGUACACCUUUUCCAACGGGGACAUUUGGAGCAUGCACACCGACCCUGACAGCAACCCAGGCCACAUGCUGCCCUACAGCAACCCAGGGCUCCCUGACCCACAGCAGUUCUGGGGUGCCUACAAGGAGCAUAACCAUCAAACACUCUCCGAACUGAAGCGGCAGCGGGCUGCAGCCAAGCUCCUCAAUCACCCUUUCCUCAGUACCCACUUCAGCAGUGGCAUGGGAGGAGUUGCUGAGAAUGGGAGUGAGGCCAAGUCGCACCUAAUUGGAUCCAGGACUUCCCCCUACAGCUCCAAUGGGACCUCAGUGUAUUACACAGUGUCCAGUGGUGAUCCACCCCUCUUGAAAUUCAAAGCUCCCAUGGAGGAAAUGGAAGAGAAGGUGCAUGGGUGCUGCAGAAUUUCCUAGUCUCACCCCAGAGGGAACAAGACAUGGGUGGGCUGGUUGGAUCUGUCAGAGCAGCCAGGUUGUUUGCAUUCCGAAGGCAGAAUUUGGUUCUGACUAUCCUGACUGUGGCAGCCUCGUUCAUCUUGAAUUGUACUUUAUGCUGCCAGUUACUUCCAUUGCAGUCCAAUGAGUAAUGCAGGUGCAGCAAAGCUCUUAGGAGACAAAGGGAUACACAUCAGUAUGAUACGAAAAGAGUUUUUCCUUGCUUUCUGGCGAAGAAGGUGAAUGUGCACUGCCUCCCUUCUCCUUAAGAAGUCAUGAGAUGCCUUGGAACAAAGAAAGGAGCUGAAUUAAAACCUUUGCACCUGAGCCUCUGCUAUAAGUUACCAGGAUUCUGGAACGUCACAAUCCAGACCUGAAUUUUCACUCCUGGGUUAUGCAUAUAUCCUGGAGGGGAGAUCAACCCCCACAAAGGGUUUGCAAGAGUGGACAGAGCUGUUUUCCAUACAGCUGCAUCUAGCACUUACAGGGCCUGAGAACAAGCAAGCAUGGACGUUGCACUUGCUUUAGCAGGUUUGCAAGGUAUUGACUCCUUGCAGUUGACAGCUCACCAUCAAAAACUCUGCACUGCUUGGGUCCUCUUCUGCUCCUGUAAACUCCCCACUGCAGGCUGCCGUCAGGUUUGAAGCAGAACUUUUCCUGGAGCAGGCUUCACUCAGUCAGCUUUAAAACUGAUGUUGCAACAAGGGGCCCUGGCAAUAGAAUUUUACUGCAAUAAAAUACUGACAAAGGUCUAUAUUGGGAUAAGUAACUUAAAAAACUUAUUUGUACUAUUUAGACUCUUAAUUUGUUAAAACUGAAGAGACUUUUCCAGAUCUCACUUUCCUAUUGAUUCUGUUUGUUUAUAUGCUCAGCACAGAUCCUUGGGCACUAUGCUUUGUGUCUGAUGUUUUUCUGGGUUUCCAGAAGCACACAGGGCUGGGGAGGGAUGAGGAGGAAAGGCUUGCAGACACUAAUCUAGAAACACCAUGAAAGCAUUUCUAAUCUCCCUACAUGCUAUGACACUUGCAUUAACUGCAGUCUUUGGCUGAUAAAAACAAUAUUGAAUCAUUGCUUUGGUAGAUGAACAUUGCAGCAGGACAGGAGAAUUUUUUUGGUCUCUUUUCCAACUCCCAUACUGAAGUCAGCAGUGGUUAGUAGCUAUCAGAAGACUUAAAUGCCUCGAUGUAUAAAGGAGUGACCUGCAGCCAUGCAGUCCUUGGUGAGGCCUCCACUGUAGAGUUGUUGCCACACCAGAGUUGUGUUCUAGUGGAGUUCACAUUAGCUCUGACAGACUACCCAAGAAACACUAGCACAGUCUAACCUGGUGGUUUGGCACCUGCUUAUCAGCAAGUUAAGGCUUUGCAUACCUGGGGAAGGUAAAAGGGGGGUACCCUAUGAGAGACAGCUCUGAGGAACUGGACACAGUUGAGUGAACAACUUUUAUCUACAAAAGUAACUCUCAAUCUUCAACCCUUUUUCUGCACAAGGGGGCUGCUGCACGCAGAACUAUUUGCCUGCAUGAAUAUGUCGUCUUGGCCAGUUUUAAGUCCAAACUUUACACAUAAGCCUGUUUGGGUCUCUGUAAGCCAUCAAUGGAUUAAAUCCAGCUCACUUAGGUGUGCUUCAGCCAAGCAGCAGCAAAUGCAGCUUGCACCUAUCUUCCUUUUAUCUGGUGGCUGUUAGACAUCAACAUUGCAUUUCCCUCCCCCGAGGGAAUCCUCACAGCCUUCUCCUUUCUUACAGGCUAUAAAAAGUUGACUGGGGCUCCCAGUGACUUAAGUUCUGCACUCUGCUCUCCAUCAAAUCUAGCACAUCCAGGGCUCUGGGCUUCUCAUUCUCAGCUCCUCCAGGCAGCAGAGGAGGCUGUGUAUCACGACCACGUUGGGCAGGAAAUAUUUUUGGAUCUGUGAGGUUAUUAGCAGACUGAGAAUUUACUGGUUUGAGCUCUGAAGAUACAAUUUUCUCCCCUCACCAGCUUUAGGAACAAAUUAGGAAAUGGUAGCAGUUGAUCUCAUUUUUUAAACCUGAGUUCAGUUCAAGGCAGGGAAAGUCCUUGUAUGUUUUGAAACAUUCAGAGAAGUUGGGCUUCCUCCAUUAAUGAAACACAUACUACAUGUAAGACUAGGGCUCAACCUUAAGAGAUUGUAAAAGUCAUUCUGUAGUAGAAAGGAGAUGAUUUGGUAACUGGACAGAUUUUACUACAUCUGUGUGUGGCUAACAGUAAGUCUUCUGAUUACCUUGAGAAAAGUCUUCUGGGAUAACACCAAGUGUAGCCUGGGUACUGCUGACCAGGGCAGAUGAUAGUUUGGAGGCCUCUCUUCUCCCAUGGUGGUGAGAUUUGUCUCUCCACAUCCAUUCUAAUGAGAAUUCUGGCCUUAGUGUAACAAAUUUUGGUGCUGUAUAUGGUGCAAAAUUCAGGCUCAGCAAUGCCUUCCCUCCCCAGACCCUUUUCCUUCUUUUCCUUUUCAGAGCAAUUUUGUGCUAUCAAAUGUAUUGAAUCUUACCUAAGUCCAAGAGAAUGAAAAGGAGAGCACUGCAAUAGUGUUAAGUAGGUUGAGGCUUGCUUUCAGUGAGAGCUGGUAAUACAUUAAAGCUGUAGGAAGCCAGUCCAUUUUUGACAAACAGCUUUUAGUCCACAGCUAUUUGACUUUGUUUAUAUGUAAAACUGAAGGAACUCAUCACUGUAGCUGUAUUCUUGAGCAAACUUAUUAUCAGGCAAAAGAUAUUACAGCUUCUAGAUUACAAAACAUCCUCCUAAUUUGACUUUGCAUUGUAACUGUGAUUACAAUUGUAAUACAGCUCUCCUGGCUUCAUCACUGUAAGUGAACAUGCUUGCUGAAGUCUAGCGGUGCCUAAUCCAGUGUAAUCAAUUAUCAUUCAGACACAGUCAGUGACUGAAAAGUCUAGGACGUGCUUCAUAGCCAUGCCAAAUAUCUACCACUGGUUUUGGGUUGAAGUUGGAUCAGUGUGGAACUUGCAGAGGCUGUUGAAGAGUGACCUAGAACAGAUUAAUGCUUAUGUGUUGGUGACAUAUUUGGGGUAUAACGGUCCCUGCCUGUGGGGCAUCAGUAAACACGCCCAGGGACGGAGCUGCAGUUCAUACUGCACACAGACCUGUUGGUUGUAGGUCUGGGAUGAGCAAUUCUGUAAAGUGGAUAUUUAGCCUGCUUCUGGUCAACUAUUUUGUUUUGGCACUGGGGGGAAUAACAUACACAUAGAUACUCUUGUAUGUGCGUUGUAGGAGCCUACCUCCAGGAACAGGGCUUUUUAUCAGGAAAUGUAGCAGUGUAACAUCAACAGUGGUUUUUCAUAACUGUGUUUUAAAGGUCAUCCCCGUGGAAAGCUCUGAGGUACAUAGAGAAGGCACUUGACUAUUUUAUCAGUUCUUCUUAUUGCUAAAAAGCUGUAGAAGCUGGAAAUCAUGUUGUGACUGGCAUAUCUGGUACUUGGCUUAUUAGAGGAGGGUUUGGUGAGGGGUUUUUUUUAUGCUAUACAGAGUUUUCUUAGGCUCAAGGAACAGCUAGGUACAGAUUCAAGGUCAGAUUAGAAUCCCACUUCUGUUAGCAGUAAGCCAAAGGCUGUAGUUGUUCAUAUGGACUACACAAAGAUUUGGGAAUGUGGAUGCAUUGAGAGGUCUGUUGUAGGCAGAGCUGCACAGGACAUGAACCCUUCUGCUUGUAAAACCUUCCUGGAUGCUGAAGUCAUACUGCUUCUAGCAAACCAAGUGGUUGAUGACAGCAGCUUUACUUUCCAUGUUGAAGGACUUCUUUUAGAUGGAAAGACUUCUUUUAGUGCAUCUGCUUUACUAAGCUCAGCCAAGAAAGUCCCAGCACUGAAAUGUUAGAUAAAGGCUUAAGUACCAUUGCUGGGAUCUGACGUCAGAUGUGGAUCUGUAUUUCACACAUACCAAGGGAUGUGAUUUGAGCCCACUUAGUCUCACUUCUGUGGUGCUCUGGCAUCUCAAAACCCUCCCAAUUUUGAGAAGAACUGACUGUAGCUGAUGUGAUUCUGUACUAUCCUGCAGGUGUAUCUGAAGAACCACAUGGAUAAGGAAUUCCUGACAGGGAAGGAAAAGAGCAUGGCAGGGCAAUAGCAAUAAUGAAUUAGUGCAAUAAUCAGUAGAGGCAGUGAAUUCUGGCAGUGAAUUCUCUAGUUUAUUGAGCAAGCUCUUAUUUUGUGGGGCUGAAAGCACUUACAAACUCCCAUAUGCCAUUGCAGCUUCUGUUUAGUGUCCUUUUGGUUUAAUCUUGGAGCUCUGUGUACCCAGAUUUUUUCUGCUGAACCUAAAUCAGCAAUACCAUGAAAUAAGAAUAUGUUAACUGAGAAGGCAAUAGUACUGGUCUCCAGAAAGCCAAAGAUGAGCCGUUGUCCAUCUGCUGGAAAGUGUUCUCCCUACAUCUGGAUAUUUCUGUGCCUUAUCAUACUUGCUAAAGGUAACGUGAUAACUAGUCUCUGCAAGGCUUCUGGUGACUAUACAAUGCUGGUCUUAACUUGGAGACUGUUUUGCAAGGAGGUAACACUUCAGAGCAAACCACAUUUUGAAUUUUUUAUUUGCUCUUUCAGAUUCUCUCAAAAGGAAAUACGCAGUGUCUUCAUUCUAAUGUAACAAAUCACAUUUGACCUGCUUUGUUACAGCAGUUCUCCACAGGCAGAAUCCAGAGCAUGUCUUAGUACAAAACACAGCUAAUAUUUACAUUUUUUGUUUUGUUUUGCCAAUGGCUGUACAACAGAAUCUGUUGUUUCUGGUUGCUCUUCAGCUUUACUCUGCUGUUUUCACAUUGACCAUACUGGUAAUGGACUUCUGAGUUCUCACACACAAUUUGAGUACCACGGGGUUCUUUGGGCACCAUCUGCUGUGUCACAGUUAUGACCUACAAUAUUUUGCUAUAUAUCCACCAGAGAAGCUGUAAUAGAGGAGCCUCUGCUCAAGAUACCUGUUCCCAAACCUAAGCCAAUGCAGUUAUCUCCACAGCUGGAGGGGAAGAUACGGGUUCCUUAAUGGUGCAGAUGUGGCCUUAGCGUUGCCACUUCUACAUCUUCAGCCUCUAGAUUGCAGCGUGAAAGUGACUUCCAGGGUUGGCGGUAGCCCUGGUACAGCUCGGAGUGACUGCAGCGUGUACAGGACAUUAAUGGAUGAUGGAAAGCCUUCUGCAAUAACUCCUUAUUCCAUCGAUCAGUAGUAAAUGAUGUACAAAUAAAACUUGAUGAAAUGUAUUUUAUGUGAAAAAAACCCAAUGUAAGAACUGUAUAUUGUAUUAGCAGCUUUGUGUAUAAAAUGGCAUUUUGGCAAUCAGAGUCUAAUAUAUUUAAAACGUUUUUUUAAAAGGAUAUUUGAUAUUGUACGGAGCUGACUUUAUUGCUACUGUAUGAAGAGAUGGUUUCUUAACUUGCAGCAAUGCAUAAAAUCUAAAGUUGUCUGUAAAACUCAUGCCAAAAGGGUAUGUCUGACAGUAUUAGCACCUGACUCAGCGUCUUUACUAGAGAGAUUGACUUUUUUAA